AAUCGAUGUAUAGUUAUUACCACUGUUUGCGCGGGACGGGGGCUAGCAAGAAGGCUUCGAACAUUUAGAUGUUUGCUUAACUACUAUAUUUUGUUAUUUGCUUUAUUGUUAAGAGAAUCUCACAGAGACACACGGUAUUGUGAAAUGGAUUUAAGUGCUUUCGAAACUGACAAUAGCUGUAAUUGCAUCGUUGGCUCUGAUAUACCAGAAAUUGCCAAAAGGGAACCAUGCUGGUUGGGGAUAGACGAAGCUGGAAGGGGGCCAGUUUUGGGUCCUAUGGUCUAUGGUACCUGCUACAGUCCAAUUUCACUUAAAGAUCAGCUGAAAGAGAUGGGCUUUGCGGAUUCUAAAGUGUUGAAUGAAGAACAAAGAGAAAAAUUGUUUGAAAAGAUAAAAAAUUCAACUGAAGUUCUUGGAUGGAUGAUAGAAGUUUUAUCACCAAACUUUAUUUCUAAUAGCAUGCUACGAAGGUCAAAGUAUAAUCUUAAUGCACUAUCACAUGAUUGUGCUAUAGGUUUAAUAAAAAAAGCCCUUGACAAAGGUGCAAAUAUAAAAGAGGUAUAUGUUGACACAGUAGGUGACCCAGCAAAGUAUCAAGCAAAACUGAAAGGAAUCUUUCCAGAUCUGGACAUAACAGUAGCCAAGAAAGCCGACUCCAUUUAUCCAAUAGUUAGUGCUGCAAGUAUAUGUGCGAAGGUAGCUCGUGAUAAUGCAGUCAAGAACUGGACUUUUAAAGAGGGGAUUACAGUGGAAAACUUUGGGUCUGGCUAUCCUGGGGACCCAGCAACAAAGAAAUUCCUUACUGAUUAUCUUGACCCCGUGUUUGGAUUUCCACAGUUUGUGCGUUUUAGUUGGUCAACUGCAGACCUUUUGUUGCAGAAAAAUGCUGUCUCUGUGAAAUGGGAAGAUGACGAUGAUGAUGACCAAAAUGAUAAGAAAAGAAAAAAAGAUUCAGCUGGAACACAUUCCCUUUUCACAUUUUAUAAAAGUGAAGAGACAGGAAACAAGAGAUCAAAAAAACAUUCAUUUUUUGAUGAAAGAUGCUUGAAAAAUAUGACACAUUUUUAGUCUUUUUUUGUGAGUGUCAGCUUGAGAGACCUAAUAUUUGAAAUUAAAAAGCUGACAUAAACUGGAAGAUAGCUAGAUAGCUGCUAUAUGAGAUCAAUGAAAUGCCUCUUAUGAAUAAUGUUUAUAAAAUGUCUUUUUUGCUUCCGAAUGUGGGAUUUAUCAAAUGUGUGAAAUGUUGAAAUAAACGAAAAAAAUGCAAUAAUGUAAAACAUUGAAAAAUU